CAUAUUUAUUGAUGAGAUUAGCUACUAGCUGACAUUUUCCCACGGUUGUCCAAGCAUUCUUUUCUCUGCCUCUCGCGCUCUCCAAGCGCGCGCGUGCGUGGCUGACUCGCGCGCACUGGAAAGAAGCCUCGGGUAUGACGCUGAAGGAGGGAGCGCGCGUGUGGGGAUAAGGUUUGUUGAGCUGUUACUUUCACGGAGAAAGGCAUGCAGGCUGUGGAGAAGGGAAUGACGACGAAUUGUGUGAGAACUUUGUGAUCGUUUGGGUUUUGGUCAUGGAUGGUUUGUCAGUUCCUCCUUAAGCUACAAUGAAUGGAGUUCAGGUAAGGACGAUUGGCACUGUCACUCGGUUCCUCCUGCAGCUACAAUCUCGACCAGUGUGAAUGAGGACACCGCUGUGUCAUACACCUGGAUAUACGCUACACUUUUAGUAUCAGUUUUAAACAUUCUACUUACUGAAAUCUUCAAGCCAGUUCUUUUUUUUUUUUUUAAUUUAUUUAUUUUUAUCUAUGAUCAUGCUUAAAAGUGAAAACAAAAGUGAGCGGGCGCUGAGAAGCCCGUCUCCACACAGGAACGCCUAUAAAUCAGACUUCCAUUCAAUCAAAUGUUCAUUUGAUGGGAGCACAUCAGUCAGCCCGACCUCCCCCUUCUCCAAUGGAGGCAGUGAGACUCGAGGCAGACCAUCAGGAAACAAAGUGAGCAAAAUAAAAAAUAUCUUCUUGCAAAUGGAUGGAAAACCAAGUCAAGACAGUCCCAACAUCACCAAACCCAUGUCACCCAGAUUUCCAUUGGAUUCCAUCCCUUACAGAUCCAGUCUGAGUAGUGUUUCUAGUCUAGAUUCAGCCUCCUUUGAGGCACGGAGGACAGAGGAUGUUUCCUUUGACAAGACGGCACUGGCUGAGAAGUUCUCAAUGACCAGGAAACUGUUUGAGAGUGGCCUUAAAGAUCAAUCUCCAACAGAGAGAUCUGCCUCUGUUAAAGUUAUCAACCGGCCUCAACUGGUGGAGAGACAAGACAGGAAAGUGUCAGUUACUGGAGAGAAAAUGGACAAACCUAAAGAGCUGGAGGGGCAGGCAAAUGAGGAGGACAAGGAAAAGGGGAGACGUGAAAGUGAGACACCCCCACAUAAGCUCAGUUUGUCAAUGAAUGCCGGGCCAAUAUCCAGACGUCUGGAGAGUUUUAUGUUGGAUAGCGAUAGUGAAUCACUGUCAGCUGCGCCCUCCACAGAAUCCCACAGUCCCAUCAGUCAUUCCCAGUCACCUUCUGCUGCUAGUGACCACUCAGAUCCCCCUUCGUCACCAGACAGCUGUAGUUCCCCUACCUCUUAUUCACUAUGGACUGAUUCUCCUGCUGAAACAUGUUUGCCCAAGUUAAAUGGUUCCGAUUUACACAGUACCCCUCAACACUCACUUUCUCCUCUGAAUGGAGUCUCUUUGGAGAACACAUUACAACCUUCCCAUAAUUCUGGUUCCACAGUUGAAGAACAUGUUAAUGAGUCCUCAGAAGCUACUAUCUCAACAGAAUCCACUUCUCUGUAUACAAGCCAAAAGAACCACCACUUAUCAAUAAGGAGUAGCUCUAAUCAAGCAUCUGGAGAUGUAGCCAAGGAGCCUGCCCUCCAAGGGGCUCAAGUUGAAGGUGAGAACUCUGAAAAGGGCCCUGGUUUGUCCACGGUUAGAGCUGAGCUGGUGGUGGUGAAGAAUGAAUCAUCUGAGAGUGAGGGCAAUGAGGAGGAACAUAUUGAGGAUGAUGUUUUUGAGGAGGCUGGAAAGGAGGACCAAACCACACCUCACAAUUCUGGCAAGGUGCUGAAUGACAGCAAGGAGGUCCAAUUAACAUUCCUGGGAAAGGAAUCGAAAAUGAGCAUUACAGAGCAUGAGGAGGAAUGGAGAGAACUUGAGGAAACCAUACAGGUUGAAAUAGAGGACGAUCAUAGAGGGGAGGGUAAGUUUCUUGAGGAGAAAAGAAUGCAGAAAGAGGAGGAGAAAAAAGUUAUUGAGGAAGUAGAAUUGAAGACUGACCAAGUGGUUCUAGAGACUGAUGUGAGAGAGAGUGAUCAGAAAGCUACUGAUGUUGAAGAAAAUGAAAAGCAGGAUAAACGGAGAGAGGGAGAUGAGGAGGAUGAGGGUGUAGAGGAAGCUAUUAAAGCUUUAGAGGAUGAUGAUGAGCGAGACAUGGAAGAUGAUGUCUUAGAAGAAAAAGAGAGGCAACAGCAAGAUGAUCCAGGGUUGAUGGGGAAUAGAUCUUUAAUUUGUGGAAUUGAGAAUGCAGCCUUUGUGGAUGACAAGGACAACUGGACCGAUUUGGAAUUUCAAGUGAAGGAGGAAUCCCAGGAAUUUGAGGAAAUUCCAGGCCUCUCUGAUGAGGAAGACCUCACUCCAAAGAGAAAGAUCAGGUUCUCUACAGCACCUAUUAAGGUGUACUACACCUUCUCUAAUGAACAUUAUGAUCGCAGUAAUGAUGAGGUGGACCCUGUGUCUGCAUCUGCUGAAUAUGAGCUGGAAAAGAGGGUGGAAAAAAUGGAUGUUUUCCCUAUAGACAUUCAGAAAGGAAAUGAUGGUCUGGGCAUCAGUAUCAUUGGGAUGGGGGUUGGGGCAGAUCAGGGGAUGGAGAAACUGGGCAUCUUUGUGAAAACCAUCACAGAGGGAGGUGCAGCUCAUCGGGAUGGACGUAUUUGGGUUAAUGAUCAGAUUGUGGAGGUAGAUGGAAUCAGCCUGGUUGGUGUCACUCAACUGUUUGCUGCCACCACAUUGAAGAAUACCAAAGGUCUAGUCAAGUUUCUCAUUGGCCGAGAAAAACCAGGAGUGGAUAGCGAGGUGGCCCGUCUGAUCAAUGAGACUCUACAACAAGAGACGAACCCUGAAAACCAGGAACCCAAAGAUGAAGACCAUCAAAAAUCCCUGAACCACCAGUUACAGGAUGAAGAUCAGAUAUUCCAAAUCCAGGACCAGCAACAUCAGGAACAGCAGCAAGUCGAGCCAUUGGCUGAAAAGAGUGUUUUGCAACAGGAUAAACGGGAGCAAACUGAAAAGGAGAAGGGGGUGGAGGAUGAGUCAUAUGACUUGGCACAGGAAGUGUUUUCACAACUGAAGAGCCAAGGCAUUGAAAUACCUGAAGAUAUAGAUCCUAUUGAGCUAGAGCAAAAAUUCAAACAGCUGCAGAUAAAACACAGUGCCGCUGUAACAGAGCUCAAUCAGAUGAGAGAGAAGCUGCGAGUGUGUGAAGCAGACCGUAAGUCUUGGGAGACUCGAGGUGCAUCCCUUGAAAGAAGUGUGGAGGAGAGCAAAGAGCGCAUUGAAAAGUUGGAAAAAUACUGGCUUGAUGCUCAGGCCCUCUGCAAAACUAUCAACCAGCGUCUGAAUGAAGCCCAGGGUCAAAAUGAUGCCCUGCAACUCAAGUACAACAAGACCAUUAAACUUCUGCAAGAGCAUGAACAGAGAGAGGCUGAAUGUGCAAGGAAAGAGGCAGAGCUGAAGAGAAGGCUGGAGCAAAGGGAGAGAGAGUACAAGAGCAGUGUGAGGCAACUACAGCAUAAGAUAGCUGUUCUGGAGGGCCACAGUGGAUUAGACCAGCCCGAAGAGUCUUGCAGCCCUGCAGGAGAGAGUCAACCCAGCAGUCCAACCUCUGGUUCCUCUGAAAGAAAUGGACUGUCUACAGAUGACCUUCACUCUGAUGCAGACUGGGGAGAUGUUCCUCAGACAGAUCGUCUAGACUGCAGUGUCUACAGAGCCAAAGCCAGACUGGCACAGGGAUCCCAACGCAAGCGGCCAUCCCGACAUAAACUCAGAGAGUCAGCAAGAGGCUCACAGGCACCCAGCCAAUCACAGGAAUCAGUGUGUAUAAAGGACAACAAACUGGAAAGAACAAGUAGUGAAAGAAGGCGAUCUUUCAUUGAGAGCCUCUCCAUACCAAUUCCAUCUCUACAGUCUAGUCAUGACCAAAGGCAUGGAGGCAAUCUGUCCACUUCACCCUCCAUCCAGAGCCAGACACCCCAGGGAGGCAGCAGCACACAGGCCAGCCUCUCUCCCCCUAAAGACUCCUCCACCCCCCAGUCUCCUUCCUCCUCACAGUCCUCCUCUAGUCUGCUCCUUAACCUGAAAAACAGGAGGAGCAAGGCCAAGGAGCGCAGCAAGAACAAAAACAGUAGAGAUGAAGAAAGUGAUGGUUCACCAACACGAAAGUCUAAAAGACGAUUCCCAGAUUUCAGUGGUAUCCGCAGGUCUGGAGGCAAAGGCAGGAAACGGGAGAGCACCACGCUCAGAGGAUCUGUUGGUAGCAGGGGAUCAGGAGACUUAUUGGAUGAGUCUAGCAGCAAUGUGUCCCCCUCUGGCUCUAUCUCUUCCAUCCCUUCCUGCAUGCCCUUUUCCUGGUUUGGGGACAGAGAGAGGGAAAAAGAUAAUGAGCAGGAAAAGGAGCGCUCUGCUUCUAGUGGCAGUCUUCCUCGUGCUCCAGAGGGACGCAUAGAGGAUGGGCAGGAUCGAACAAACAAGAUCAACCUUUCCUGGCCAACUCUUCUCACUCACUCUUUAGAUUUGAGCUUAUCUGUGAUGGACGAAUCACAUGCAGGUAGUCCUCGCUCUUUGCUGGCGGGGUUACUGAAAGAGCCCCGUCUCCUCGCACGCUCGCACAAACAUACCUUUUCCUCCUGUGAGACACUUGAGGAUGUUCCUGGAGCAAAGCAAUACAUGUGGCAGAACCGGCCCCUUUCAGAGUGGACUAAUCAGCAAGUCUGCAACUGGUUGAUGGGCAUGAACAUGGAACAGUAUAUAGGGGAGUUUACAGUUAAGAGUGUGGAUGGCCAACAUCUCUUGUGCAUGGACAGUAGUAAACUUAAGGAGCUUGGUGUGUCGAGCCACAGAGAUCGCUCCACCAUUAAGAAGAGAUUGAAAAACAUGAAGAAGGCUCAGGAAAAAUUUGAAAAACAGCAAAUAAAAAAAGAGAAAGAAAAGGGGAGAGAGAAUGAGGUCAAGAAUAAAAGCAGUAAGCCGACAAACUUUGAAUCAGCCUGCUGAGGUAACAGACUCAUCCAGUUAAGGGACCUUCUUCGGGGCAGUAAAUGUGCACGCAGACUGAUAUGAGUACUGAUAAUAUAUGGACUGAUAAAGAUGGAGUACACUGUCUCGUACAGUGCACGAAUGACUUGUAGACUGGUGAGAAAGUAAAUGGGAGAACACAAUGAAAUUCCAGCAGAGGUCUUCUGGCAGUCAAGACUGAUAGAACACGUUUUACUGUAAAUGUGUCUUUGCUAAGAUCUUUAACAGCUCUUGACACAACCCAGGUGUUAAAGAAUCAAUUCAUGCUAACCACACUGACAUUCAACAUGCAUAAUUGCACUUUGAGAAAAUGGGAAUUUAUAAAUAAUUAUCCAAAAAAAUAUUUCAUUGCCUUUAACAGAUAUGCUUGUGUGUUAUGAGCGUUGGUGCUGUACAUGGUACUAAAAUGAUUUUACUGCUGUCCGCCAGAGGGCAGCGAAGUAAUAUUAAAUAUCCUGCACUAAGCAAUAAGGUUUAGUCCAAGUACAAUCUCAUUCACCAGACUUAAACGGCAAAUUAUCAUGAGCCAAGCUGCUAGUGCACAAUCUGCACUUUAGCCUAAAGUUAACUAACAAUCAGAGGGUGUUCACAGAUUUUGUAAGAUCACACCUAGGUAAGCUUUGGCUCCCUCUCCAAGUGUGCACUUUUAAGUGAGCACUUCACAACACAUAUAUAUAUAUAUAUAUAUGUAUACGUGUGGGUUUUUUUUUUUUUUUUUUCUCAUUUUGGAAAGAAUGAUUUUUUAACUUUUAGUAAUGUACAUUUUAAUGCAAUGAGAGGAGAACAAUUGUCUUCUGUCAAAACUGAUGAUGAUUUUACAUGUGUAUUAAUAAAUAAAUAUUUUACAACUACAGAUUUUAUAUUACAUUUUUAAUAGAAAUAUGUUUGAUUUAGGACAUUAGCCUAAUUGCUAAAAUUAGAGCUUGAACUAGCUGGGCAAUUCACGAAAGUAAAGUAAAAGAAAGUAUUUUGGACACUACCUACGCUCAAAUGGCUCUUAUACACCAAUAAGCCUAAACAUUAUGACCACUCACAGGUGAAAUGAAUAACGUUGAUCAUCUCCUAACAAAGCCACAUGUCAAGGUCUGGGUAGAUUAUACAGUAAGCAAACAAUCAGUGCUCGUAGUCAAUGUGUUGAAUGCAGGAGAAAUGGGCAGGAGUAAAGACCUGAGUGACUUUGACAAGGGCCAAAUUGUUAUGACCAGACGACUGGGUCAGAGCAUCUCUGAAAUGGCAAGGCCUGUGGGGUUCUCCCGGUCAGCAGUGGUGAAUACCUACCGCCAGUGGUCCAAGGAGGGACAAACCAGCAACAGGGUGUUGGGCGCCCAAGGCUCAUCCAUGCGAGAGGACAAUCAAGGCUAUCCUGUCUGGUCCGAACCAGCAGAAGGUCUACUGUGGCACAAGUCACAGAAAAUUUUAACGAUGGUUACAGGAGGAAUGUGUCAACACACAGUGCACCCUGCUGCAUAUGGGGCUGCGUAUUUGCAGACCGGUCAGAGUGCCCAUGAUGACAUCUGUCCGCCGUCGAAAGCACCUACAGUGGGCACGCAAGCAUAGGAAUUGGACCUUGGAGCAGUGGAAGAAGGUCGCCUGGUCCGAUGAGUCCCUUUUUCUUUUACAUCACAUGGACGGCCGUGUACGUGUGCACCGUUUACCUGGGGAAGUGAUGGCACCAGGAUGCACUGUGGGAAACCAACAAGCCGUUGGUGGGAGUGUGAUGCUCUGGGCAAUGUUCUGCUGGGAAACCCUGGGUCCAGCCAUUCAAGUGGAUGUCAAUUUGGCCAAUGCCACCUACCUAAAUAUCAUUGCUGACCAGAUACACCCCUUCAUGGCAAUGGUAUUCCCUGAUGGCAGUGGCCUCUUUCAGCAGGAUAAUGCGCCCUGCCACACUGCACACAUUGUACGGGAAUGGUUUGAGGAACAUGAUGAAGAGUUCAAGGUGUUGUCAUGCCUCCAAAUUCCCCAGAUCUCAAUCCGAUUGAUCAUCCUCUGGGAUGUGCUGGAUCAACGAAUCCGAUCCACGGCAGCUCCAACUCGCAACCUACAGGACUUGAAGGAUCUGCUGCUAAUGUCUUUGUGCCAGAUACCACAGGACACCUUCAGGGGUCUUCUAGAGUCCAUGCCUCGGUGGACCAGUGCUGUUUUGCCAGCACACGGAGGACCAACAGCAUAUUAGGCAGGUGGACAUAAUGUUUUGGCUCAUCAGUGUACAUUUCCAAUAGAAAGUCAUCAUAUCUUGUCAUAAUCCGUAUCAUUUGUCACAUUACACCCUGGAAAUUUAAAUAAAUUCAAUCUAACCUUUUCCAGCUGUAUUUACACAUUAUGAACCUUCAACAAAAAAAAUCUGAAUAAUUACCUGGCUAAUUGGCCCCCACCUGACAUCAGUUGUAGUGGUUUUGAUUACUUCAGAAUAAAACCGGCUGUUCCAUGAGGAUUCCAUCACUAGUGAUGCAUGGUAAUUAAUUCAAGAAUUCACCAUGGUUGGAAAGGUGCUUUCAAACUGUUGAAGGGCACAGGUUAGGAGAAGGGUACAAAAAUAUUUCAAAGGCUUUAACUAUCCCUCUGAGUACCGUUCAAACCAUUAUUAAGAAGUGGAAAGCACAUGGCACGAACAAAACCUUGCAUAGAUCUGGCCAUCCCUCCAAACUGGAUGGCCUUGCUGGGAGGAUAUUGAUCAGGGAAGCUAUUAAGAGGCCAAAGGCAACUUUGAAGGAUUUUCAAGCCCUUAUGGCUGAGAUUGAUCAGUCUGUGCAUGUGACAACAAUCUCCCAAGCUUUACACAAAGGUGGCCUGUAUGGCAGUGUGGCAAGAAAGAAACCUUUCCUGAAAAAGUGCCACACUAAGUUUUACUUGCACUUUGCGAAAUAACACCUGGAGGAUUCUGAUGCCAUGUAGCAAAAUGUUUUAUGGUCAUAUGAUUAUGUUGUGGAGUGUUUCUCUUCAACAGGAAUUGGGCAAUUGGUCAGGAUUGAAGAAAGAAAUGUAUGCUACCAUGUACACCCAAAUUCUUGAGGAAAAUCUGUGGCCCUCUGCUCGACAACUGAUGAUGGGCAGGUGAUUUACCUUUCAGCAUGACAAUGACCCUAAACACACCGUCCAAAAAAAAUAAAAAUAAAAUCCCAGUGGCUUAAGGAUAGGAAGGUCAAUGACCUAAAUCCAAUAGAAAAUCUGUGGAUGGACUUGAAGAGAGCAGUCCAUUGUCAUUCACCCCGCAAUUUGACUGAACUCCAACUUUGCAUGGAAAACUGAGCUAAUAUUCCUUAAUCUAGAACCGAAGGCUGUCAUUAAAGCAAAAGGUAGUUUUACAAAUUAUUAAACCCAUGGGUAUAGAUGAUCACUUUUCAAACCCUGUUUUAUGAAUCUGAACUGUUGACGUUUUUUUUCUUUUCUUGUUACUUUAAUGUUGUAAGGCAAAAUUUGUAAAUAAAGCUGGAAAAAAAUA